UGGAGAACUCGCUCGACUCAAACCCUGAGCUCAUUGUGCAUAAAUAGAGAGAGAGAGAGAGAGAGAGAAAUUGAUAAACGAGGCGCUGCAGGUUGCCAGUCUACAGAGGAACCUGAAGACAACUGGCGAUGGGGCACAUGAUGUGGAUUUAUGCUGUGGUUAUCUUCGUGUUGUCUGAAGCACGGAGCAUGGAUACAGCUGUCAGACAUUUAGAUUUCAACCAGGGGAGUGAAGUUAACCUGACAUGCAGCAAUAAGACAUGGAAUGAGAUGCUGUUUGUUAUCUGGGAUAUACAAUUUCAAACCAAAAAAGAAUGUAGGAUAUCUUUUAACAAUGGCACAAACGAUGAUUCCUGCAAUGAUGGCAAAUCACUCCGAAACACAUCCAGCGCCUUGUCCUACCUUCACAUCCCAAACUUCUCAGAUACUGACGAAGGGCGAUAUGAGUGUGAGUCGGUUUACACAGGAGGAAACGACAAUCAUGCCAUCCAUGUGGCUAUCAUAGUUCCUCCCCAUAUAUCAGCCUGGUUAUACCAUAAAGACAACAAGAUGGUGGCAGUGUGCAAGGCCAAAAGAGGAAAACCUGCUGCCAACAUCAGCUGGAGUCAUAUGGGAAACAAAUUGUCUGUGAAAAAUUACUCUGUGGAAAAUUACUCAGAUGGAUUUUUUACAGUAGAAAGUCACCUGGAGCUCCCCGAGGGAAUGGACACAGAAAACCUGAGCUGUGUUAUCCGGCACCCAAACUGGACACGGGAAAGGAUUUUGGUACUGAAACUCGAAAAAGGUUAUUUCCCUUGGCUGUACGUCCUUAUUGUUGUCGUAAUCAUUGUGAUUUUAGCAGGAUUUUUAUUUUUGGCACGAAAGAAAAUAAUAACAUUGAGGCGAUGCCAGCCGUCCGACACCUCACCAUCUAAAUCGCCACCGGCAGAAGAUGUGGAGGAAGUGGAGCCCUACGCCAGCUAUGUUCAGCGUGUGAACUCUAUCUAUAAUUCAUCUGCAGAUUUUUUCACAUAAAACCCUGCACAUGCAUCACAUUCACAUGGUUAAAUGCACAUGACUCUGAAGGCUGUGAAACUGAGAAAUGGUGAGAUAGUAAAGAAAGAGAGGAGUGAGAUGAAAGACUUCUGAGAAGGGAGGGAAGUCUCUCAGUUUAAAGUCUGCCCCAAGUUAACUCUUGACUGAUGGAACAGGGGAUGUAUCUGAUGUCACACACUGGCUGCACUGCACAUGCAGCCCACUACUCUCUCUCUCUGUGUGUGUGUCAUGGAGAACAUUAAUAAUAACUGUAGUUACAAAUGCAAGGAAUUGCUGAAUUGGAAAGAAUACCGCCUUCAGCCGGAGACUACAGAACGUUUGAUGUAAUCAUGAACUAUAUGAGUGACAAUUAUAUGAACAUUAUUAUCAUUAUUAUGUUUAACAUAUAUUUGUAGAUAAAUGUGAAGAGAUGCUCACCUUUUAACAGAUUCUAGCUUUGGUCAACCCAAUACGAUCCCAAUUAGAAAACACAGCUGUAAAAUUGCCUCAAGAUAAUAUUAUGUGAGGUAUUCAUGUAAUGUCAAAUUAUGUAAUUGUGUGUAUUGAACACACAUCCAAAUAUACUGUUUCCACUGCUAAACUCCACAACAUUAAAACGAACACUAAAAAUGAUUUUUGCUUUUUUUUCCACUGUGGUAAUUAUUGAAAAAGGUUAAAUAUCAAGAUUACUUUUGUUAUCCAUUGCAGCAAACUGAUACUUGCUUGAACAUCCACCCUUUCUCACCCAUUUGAAUAAUAUUCGCACCAGACCAUCCUUAUAAAUGAUGAGUUUUGGAAUUUGAGUCAAGACUCUCAUGAUGAGUUUAAACCCAUUUCUCAAGAAAUUGAUUAAGAGGAAAUGGAAAAUAGAAAAAGGACUGUCCUGCCAUCUACUGGUGGAGAUCAGAAAAUAGUGCAUCAUCAUCAUCAACAUCAUCAUCAUCAACAUCAUCAUCAUCAUGCAUCACAGUCC